AUGAUUACCGGCCCCCUGAAGUGUAUUCCUGGUGCUAGUCCCGCUGUUGAUGCGAUCGAAGACAAAAUCAUGGAUGCAGCCCGGGCGGCAGGGGGCGCCAUCGCAGCCCUCAUCCCCGACUUGAAGCUUCCUUUCAAGCCCAUUUCGCUGCUGAAACCCCAGAAGCUGUUUUGCAAGGAGGUCUGGAAGACACCGGGCUUUGCGCAGGCCCCUUGCGCAAAAGAGCUGGGAUGCAAGACUGCUGGCUCAGGGGCCCCAUCCUUGUCGGAGGUCGAAGCUGCGCCACCGGAACAGGUGCAGCCAAUGAUACGCAGACCACAUGUUGAUGACACGGGCUCCCGGCCUUCGAGUGACCAGUGCCACCUUAUUCCCAUGGGGGAUCGCUUCAUUCAGCUCGGCAACUUCCGCAUCGCGGCCAUUGACCACAGUCACCUCUCAAUCUCCCACAAGGACCCCUGCUUGCACGCUCAGAAGGUUGAUUUUUCCGUUCCUGCACGGUUGCCCAUGCCUUCCUUGAUGGUCCGCCAGCAUGUGAACCAGCGUGCAAAGUUCCAGGACGGCUCAGUCAAUGCGAUAUGGAGGGAUGACGGGAAAACUUUUUACGACCACCAGCCGUAUGCAUACAACGAUAUGCUCCUCGGCGAAUUGAUCGGAGACUUCUUAGUCAUGAACGUCUUGGACCGCUUCCCAGGAACUCCCUCGGGCAUCGACUAUGGAGACAAGUGGAUUCAAAUCGGCAACUUCCGGAUUGGCGAGAUUAGAAAUACUGAUGGUUUCGGCAAUCAUUGGGAUGAGUUGCUCUUGGCACACAUCGACCCGCACCACGUUCGUGUCAUCGAGGCGUUCAGGAGCGAUGGCACUCACGAGUGGAAGCGAGGGCAGGAUAACCAUCCGAACCUCGUUAAUAGCGACUACCGCAAGACGCAGUUGUUAGGGCUGAGUCCCACCGGCUGGGAUUGCAAGAGCCUUGCUGAGAUGGCCCAUGGCGAGUGCAGAGCAACCUUCGGAAGCUGGGGAGAUCGCUUCUUCCAGAUCGGUGAUUGGCGGAUCGGGGCCAUCGACGAGAACAACUUCGGCAUCACCCACCGGAACGGCAACAACGCGGCGGCCCGCGCACCAAGUGCUCUUCUGGGGUAG